AUGUCCCCCGAUUCUAAGACCAAGAUUCGCCCCCAGCAAUCCUGUGUGCGAUGUCGUGAACGCAAGGUUAAGGUAUGCUUUGAACUGGAGCUGGAGCUGGAGCUGAAACUAGGCGCGAUUAUCAUCUCGCCAUUCCUCCCCACCGCCACCCUCAUCAUUCCGAUGCCACCUUGUCACGCCUGUAUUAUCCGUGGCCUCGAAGCAGAAUGUACAUACCUCGCAACCGCCGAAGAUCAUGCGCAAAUCAACCAGGCCGAGAUCAUCGAUCGCUUGCGCCGUGAAGUUGCGCAGCUGCGGGGACAAUUGAGUCAGGGUCCUCGACAGGCUCCUAGUCCCGGCACCGUUCGUCGCCGACACGAUUAUGCGCGAAAAUAUGGAGGAGGCGCAGCUUCAAAUCCCAGUGCCAGCAAUAGUCGGAAUGGAUAUGCGGGGAAUCGCAUGGCGCAAAGGCAGAGUAAUGCUGGUGGAAGUGAGAACGAAGGGAGCUGGGCUGGGUCCUCCCCCAGUUCGUCCACGACUACUAUGACCAAUUCCAAUUCGGUGACUAUGACCAGCCCCGAUAGCACGGGAAGUGAGAAUGGUUCUACCAUGUUCUCGUAUCCCGCGGCUGGACCGUAUGGGACGAGUAUCGUCGCCGAGGCCGAAGGCGCGGGCGCAUUCAGCGAACUCGGCUACUCAACCUUAAAUAAAGAUUCAGACGAAGUGACUGUGGCCUACUGCCAACCCGGACUUCCAACCUUCGGCGAGAUCCCGGCCUCGACUCCCUUACUGCCAGGGAUUGUCUCGCAACCAAUCAUGCAUCCAGAAACCUCGCAAUUCCAGGGGAUCCCCCCCAUACAGCUGAACGGGCCGUACGGGGACGCGCAGGGCUAUAUCCCGACACGCGAUUACUACGAGAAACCAGACCCUCAGUCACAACCCCAACCACAACCACACGCAUAUCCAUGGGGUCACGAUGCAAUGGGAUCGCAAUUCUCGGCCCCUUAUUCGGAUUCCUCUUCACACCUAGCCUCUAUCAAUCACUUUGAUGCACACGCAAAUGCGCAAACCACAUCACCGCCGAUUCCGAAUCCGAAUCCGAACUCGUUAUUCCAAAGUCCGCCUGCACCACCACCAAUUAGUCAACACCAACACCAACACCAACUGGAUCCACUUCAGCGAGAACUCACCCCAAAUCCAAUCGAUUCAAUCCCAGAUUCUUGGAAGAUAGAAGGGAAAGAAGAGCUUCUGGAGACCUUACUCCAAACAAUCAGCAGCUGCGACGAGAAAUCCGUCGCGCAAGUCGUCAGCGUUGUGAGAGCCAGUGCCACGCCUGAGGCGGCUGUCUCGGGAAUAUGCCAAGUUCUAGGGAUCAGCGGAAUCAACGGCCAAUGA